AUGCCAUCGUUCCAAACUUCUUGGAGUCUGGGGCAGUUAUGUAUGGGCUUAGUAUAUCUCCUUUGUCUUUGCGAUGCUGGAUCUACUAUUAUGAGAGAAUCUAAGAAGGAAAAGGGUGUAGCUUUUCUGGCUACAACUGAGCUGCCUGCAAGGACAGUUGAUCUGUCUACAGUUAACCUUACAGAGUUAGUGAAUGGGAUGCUGACCAAGGCCUUGAAAGCAGACAGCAAAAAAUUCUUCUCCUUGCUGAGCAUAACUUCUCACAGCUCAUUUGCCUUCCACAAGUUCUCCGUGGUGAUUUAUAACAUUUCUAACCUGAAAAUCAUGGAUCCCACCAAGUUCCCUACGCGUUACUGCUAUUGUUUAAACAAUCGGACCAAUGAUCUUUCAGAUUUUACAGCUCUCCUGGUUGACAUCAUUGGGAACUCCACUAGCUACCUCACGGAGAUUUUCAAAUCGACCUCCAUUCUCUCAGUGAGUCAGAGCACUGAGUCUGAUUGCAUCUACAUCUGUGUGAUGACUGGGAAAACAGUAGGAAGAAAUCUUUCUGACUUCUGGGAAAUGGUGGAGAAGUCCCCUGUUAUUAACUACACAUUUACCAGUAACGUGUCUGGCGUUCUGGCACUGAAUUCUUCUCCAUCAUCUGAGACUCUCACCCCUUCCACGCAAGGAGAAGACAUGACCAGAGAAUUUCUGCUCUCAGGAACAUAUACUCCAGGGACAGAUACUCCAGGACCAACCAAAGCACCUGCUCCAAAACAACCAUACACGGUUUACUUUGCUCCGGCAUUGAUAUCUCCCUCUCAGUCUCAGCCAUCACCUUUCACCAAACUCCAUCUUUUAUCAAGAUGUCCACAGCCACUGCUUAAAGACAAAGACAUAAUGGUCUCUCCUCUCACCCUUAGCCUCCAAAAGAUAAACCCUUGUGUCAUGGAACUAUGCCGAUUUUUUCAACUAUGCCUCUGUGUUGGUCAAAAGCAAUAUCCAAGAAAAGAUACGAUGAGGUUCUGCAUUGAAUACUAUUCCUGGUUCUUGAGAAGUGCAACCUACAUUUGCCAGAGGGUAACAAGGAUGGCUCAUUCUCACACCUUAAAGCAAAAAUGUCUUUCAAACAUCUGCACAUCUGUCUGA